CCUCUCUUAUGCUUCUCCUUCAUCUUCAUCUUCAUCUUCGGAAAUAAACCAUUGCUCCUUCUCAUUAAAUUAGAUUCUUUCUAAUCUCAACGCUAAAAACCCAGAUUUGUAGAUGAUUUUAAGAGUGAAGUUAGGGUUUAAUUUUGGUCUGGUUGAUGGGUCUUGAUCUGUUAGGGUUUGUUGAUGAUGCAAACAGUGAAGUUGGGUUUGAAGGAAAUCAUGAGAUCGGAUAGCGGCCAUCUCAGAGACGGGGGCUAGGGUUUUAUUUUGAUUUGAUUCUGUUGUUAGACAAUAAAAAGAAGCAAUAGGUUAAAGUUCUAAUUUUGAUUGAUUUUGUUAUUGUUAACAUAGAUGUUUGAUGAUUAGUGUAUCAAAUUCGUACCGUUCCUUUGAAAGACUUCAAUUUGCUACGAUGUGUUUGUUUUAUUUCGUCAUAUAUCUGUUUGUUUGAACUUGAAUUGAUUAACUAGGGUUUGUGACUGUUAAUCUAGGGAUUUCUUUUAAUUAGGUGCAGAUGCAGCUCUUGAUGGAAUUCGGGUGAAGAUGCAUAUGCAGUUCUUGAAGGUAACCAUGAAAGAGAGAGCAAAUGUUGGUAUUGGUAUGCAAAAGACUAAGGAGAUGCAAGUGCAGUAGAGAACUGAAAUUGAGUUGGUUGGUGUUGUGUGUUGGCUCAAGAAUGGAUUUAGAUUAUGUUAGGACAGGGAAUUGCAGGUGCAGGUAGUUGAGGUGUAGUUCAAACUGGUUAGAUGGUAUUGAAACUAUAAGAGAUGCUACUAAUGUUGGCUUGAGGAAAUGGUGGUGUUAUAGGCUGGUGGAAGUGGUGUUGUUGUGUUACUACAGACCAUGGAAUUGCAACUGCAGUUGUAAUGGUUUAGAGCUAGGGAAUGAGAUGCAGAUGGUCCUGGUAGUGUUGUGGUGCAGUCAAGACUCAAAGGAGGUUGUUGCAGAGAGCUGAACUGGUUAGGAGAUUAUGUGUGCUGCUGCUGUGGGUGUUGAUGAAUGGUUUAGUGAACUAGGGUUGGUGUUGUUAUCAUAGCAGGAAUUAUACAAGGAAGAUGAAGGUGAUACUAUUGAUGCUUCCAAUGGUUUAGUGAACUAGGGUUGGUGUUGUUAUCGGGUGAUACUAAUGAUUGAGUUGUGAAUUAGAUGUAUGCUACGUUGUGCAGGUGAGAAGAAUUACAUGCCUGAAAGGGCUGGAAUAACACCAGAAACAGACAGGACUCUGCCUAAUUAAUUCUUCAGCGAGUCUACUCAGUGACUCGCUGAACCCCAACUCGUCGACUCAGCCUUAUUCAGACCAACUCUAUUGAGGGCUUUUGAGACUUUUAUCAGAUCACGGGACACACCUUGAGUAUGUGUCUCAUCGCUGUUUUACUUACUGAUCUCAAGUCUCUCAGCCAGCCAGCAACAUCACUGUUCAGUUGUCACUUCUUGUAACCAGGACACGACGUCAUCGUCUGGUUUUACAGCAACCCAAAACAGCUGGAUGAUGGGCCCAACAAAUCAUCUUUAUACAAGGACGAUCCAAGAUCAUUUUGAGUUGUAAUCUUCUCUUUAAUUCCUCUCCAUGUGCGCCACGUGUAGAUAGAUACUCAGAGAUUGCGUUUCUUGAAGAAAACAAAAUAUAAUUGAAACCUAAGAUGGUCCACGUACAAUUAGAUUAGAUCGUUAAUAUCUCCGCCACACGACCAUCGGAUGGAUUGCAAUCAGUCAAAUCCCAUAUCUUUGACUUAAAUUAAAUUACGAUAUCCUUCUACUUGAAUGCCCGAUUUGCUCCUGCAGUGUUCAAAAUCUUACAUAAAAAUACCACACAUAUUCACCUGAUUUGUUGCGUGAGUCAGUGUUCAAUGGAAUACAGUAGUGGAUCAUGAUCUUUCAAAUGCAAAUGGAGGCUGAUUAUAAUAAGAAUCCCCGUCCGUCAAGAUUGGCAUUUACCCACUCCAAAAAAAGGAAAACCAAGAAAGAAUAAAAAAAACGACGAAAGAAGGCCGUUUCCGAAGAUUUCAGAUCGUUUUCUUAGACCUGCUGCAAUCAUUUACUUCUCUCACUUUCUUUGGAACUAGAUCGCUGCUGGGAGAAAAAGAAGUUAGUUUGUUAGAAGAAUUGAAUUAUAAGACAUGGGGUGCUUCCCAGGUUUAAAGGGUAAAAAGAAAAAGUCUGAGUCGGUUGUUCAUCCAAAGCUCGUACACCCUCAGGAGAGUAUAUCUACAGUACUCCCUGAACCUCAGAAACAAAGUUUUUCUCUGCAAUCUGCUCCUCCAAGUUUCAGAGACAAAGUAAAAACUGUUCAAAUUAUUAAUAGACUCGCUAAUAAUAGAACACGGGCGUUAUCGGCUCCAUCAAGCAUAAACAUGCCAGAGCAGGAUAAAGUGUUACCAAAUGAAUGCGAAGAGCAGGAGACGAAGGUUUGCGGUGGAUUAAUUAAGGAUCAUUUAGGUCCACAACCUCUUCCUCUUCCGGCUCCUCAGAGUGGAGUGAUGUUGAAGUCCGUAGGAAGUUUUAAAUCUGGAAAUGCAAGUGCUCCUCUUUUAGUCACUCCUGGUCCUUUACCGUUGCCUCGUUUAGUUGGUGUUCGCAAUUUUUCUUAUGAUGAGAUUGCAGCUGCUUGUCACCAAUUCUCACCUGAUCGAUGCAUGUCCGAGUGUCUUUCUUCUGUAAUUUACAAAGCGUCUUUUGGAGAUGAUUUCUCUGGUUCGAAGAAACUCGAAGCCACCGUAACCCGCCUUCUUCCAUCUUCUCAGGGAUUCAAGGAGUUCUUUAAUGAGGUCAACGUAAUUGCUUCUUUGCAACAUCCACAGCUUUGUAAGCUGCUAGGUUACCAUGCUCGUGAAGGUUCCGAACCACGGAUGUUGAUAUAUGAAAGGCUCUUCCAUGGAAGCUUAGAUACAUUGCUGUAUGGGAGAUCUGAUGGGCCUCCAAUUGACUGGAAUAGCCGAAUGAAGGUGGCUCUUUGUGCAGCACAAGGUCUGGCCUUUUUGCAUGAAGAAGGUCCUUUCCAGGCAAUGUACAAUGAGUUCUCAACUGCCAACAUUCAGAUAGACAAGGACUUUAGCGCCAAGCUUUCCGGUUAUGGUUGUGUGAGUCCAAAUCCUGAAAUAUUAGAUACAUCCGCGGCAGUGGCAAAUCUUUCAGUGGAGACGUUAGAGAGAGGACUACUUACUCCUAAGAGCAAUGUUUGGAGUUUCGGGAUUGUUUUGCUUGAAUUACUCACUGGGCGGAAAAAUCUGGACAUUCGCCAUCCAAAAGAGGAGAGAGACUUAGUAAAGUGGAGCCGGCCUUUCUUAGCUGAUGAUUCUCGUUUAGCUUUGAUAAUGGAUCCACGGUUAAAAGGUCGAUUCCCUCCAAAAGCAUCUAGAACCGUUGCCGACAUUGCUCUAAGAUGCCUUCAGAAGGAUUCCUUAGAAAGACCCACCAUGAGAACAAUUGUCGAGUCUCUACAUAACAUCCAAGAUAUGAAACACUCAUGCAGGUUUCCCCUUCAAGAACCAACAGCAAUUGCAGGAAAAAAUAUGUCAAGGUCUCCAAGUCUAAACGGGGUCAUGACUAGACCACCAAGGUUAAGUUUCCCUCCAAGCCCACCUCUUAGAUCCGGAUCAUCAAUUUCAUUCCUCAGGCAGCCGUCGAUGCCCAUGUUAUGUCCUCGGCAAUCAUGUUCAUCUAUAGUGUCACUGCAAGAGAUGAAUGGGAACCAGGAAAUUCGAAAAUCUAGGUCCACAACAGCUAGAAGGAUUGUUGGAGUUGAAGGGUUUUGAUUGUAAAUGACACAUUCUUUCUAGACGUUUAUAUUAUUUCUCAACAUCUGCUUUGUUUGUUGUUGCCGUUUUUAAGAUUAGUGCAUAGAAGCUGAGUUGUAGGUCUUCCUUACUUUCCCACCUGACAACGGGUAUGAAAAAAGAAAAGAAGGAAACUGAUGGGGGUUCUGUAUAUAAAGAACUGAUGAGUGUAUUUUAAGCAAUGUAUCAAUCUUCUGCUGUACUAAACGUUUCAUGUGAAUAAAUAACAAAGAAGAUUUUGUUAACUUA